AUGGGCAGGCUACCUCCUCCCCCAACGUCGGAUAUGGUUGCGGUGAUGCCCGACCAACCUGUUGUCCUCCCCGACCAAGUUGCGGAACCUCAACAAGCACCUAUUGAAGAUGUGGUAUUGCCCGACCCCGACCAGGUCGUGGCUUUACCCGACCCGCUUGUUCAGCAAGUUGAUGAGGUUCCUCUUGUUGGUCCCGAACCAGUCCAACCUGAACCAGUCCAACCACCCCAUGAAGUAGAGAAAAUUUCCUCCUCAAGAUCGGGUGAAGCUUCCGUUAAUUUUGCCCCGCUGGAUCCAGGUAUGGAUUUAGCAGCCGCCCAACAACUUCCACCAGGGGAUGAAUCAGUUGCUGGUCCGAUUACCAGACCAGUCAACCCCUCAAUUUUCCAACUUAUGGCCCCUUCCGAGGCUACAGUUGCCCUGGAUCAAGCUGCUCAGGAGAUGAACAUUUUGACCCGAAUAGAUCUCCCGACUCCCGUCAUAACCAUUGUGGAACGAUGCGCCAAUUUGGAUUUUGCUGACUUAGAACUGGCUGACCUUUCGGCCCUAGUCCAAGUCGCAAUAACCCUAUUGGUUCAACCUGCCCUGGAGUCGGGAGCUUCACCAGUUUUCGAUCGGAUGAUGGCCAGGAUCACUGAACUUCAAGCUGAACUUCCUCUGAUCCGACCCCCAUUAUCCGAAGCGACCUCCUCCCAUCCGGCAGCAGAUCCUAAUAAUAUUGAAGCAGAUUUGUAG